AUGACUGAGACGAGUACUGACAAGUCCUUGGAUCUCCCCAAAGGCUUUAUACCGCUCAAAGACAUUACAGAAAAUGUAGUCAAGAUCAAAACUAUCGUCAGUGUUAUAGGUCUCGUCAAAGACUUUCGUCCUCCCAUUUCUACAAAGAGAGAGGAUUGGAAGUGCAUGCUCCGCCUCUAUGACCCAUCCAUCCUGGGAACUGAUGUUGAAUUGAACAUUUUCCGCCCAAAAGAUGAGAUGCCCAAUGUUGGUGCAGGAGAUGUUGUGGUCGUUCACAAGGCUAAUGUUCAGAGGUAUCAAAGCGAUCCACUGUCUUUGACGACACACUGGGGCACCACUCUUCAUGUCUAUCCUGCUGCCAAGAUACCUCAGCCUCCCCAAUCGGCAUCCCGUCCUGUCACCUUGGCCCCUAAGGGUAUGAGUUACAAGGCUACUGAGCCAAUUCCUGUUGUCGAGGAAUACGUAUCAUGGUUAUAUCAUACCAUUGACAAAGACUGCAUUCCGAGCGUGGAAGACUUUGAAAUUCAAGCAAUACGCUCGUUGAAUGUCAAGAACAAGCUCUGUGAGCUCAAAGAAGUAAAGGAUGGCACUUUUCAUGACCUUAUUGCGAACGUUGUUCAAGAACCAUUUGAUUUUGGUGAUAAAAUGAGGCUAUAUGUCUCAGACUACACGGAAAACAGUGGCUUCUAUCACUACACAUGGAAUGGACAACAAGAGCAGACUGGCCGGGACGGAGAUCCAUAUGGCUAUACCCUUGGCAAGACUCGCGAUGUCGACACUUCGUCGGAAUGGACAGGCCCCUUUGGCAAGAAAACCCUGCAGAUAACCUGUUAUGAACCGCACGCAAGUGUGAUCAGAAGCACAGUUAAACUCGGGUCCUGGGUCCGUCUACUCAAUGUCCAGAUAAAAUAUGGAUCCAAUGCCUCCAAUCUAGAAGGCUAUCUCCGCGAAGACGUCAGAGGCUUCGGCCACAAGAUCUACGUCGAUGUGUUGGACCCAAGGGAAGACCCUGAGAAUAUUCACCCCUUUCUAAAGAACGCCAUCAGAAGAAAACGCGAUUACGAGAAGGAAAAACGUAAUCAGAUUAAGGAGAUCAGGUCAGCAACGAGUACUACAAGCAAGAAGCGUGCGGCUACGGACCAGCCUGGAGAAAGGCGUCUGAACGCAAAGCAGAAACGAGCACUUCAAAGGGCGCAAGUGAUUGAAAAGGCAGAAAAGAAUGAGGCACUUGCAGAGCCCCCCCUUGAUAUCAAUCCCCAAGUGGCUUGUGAGAAUCAGGAAAGGCCCACUCACAAUAUAUACGAUAUUCUUGAGCCACCAACUUUCGAGACCACAAUCGAAGGUGGUCCUCUAGCCUUCAAGCUUCCCUUCACAUGCAGCCAGUACCGUGCCAACGUACGAGUAAUUGACUUCCACCCGCCGAGUCUGCAAGACUUUGCCUGCCCUCUGAAGAAGACGGAAUCCGACUAUGUGGCUCUGACUGACUAUUCCGAUUUUGAUUCGGAGGACGAUGACCGAGACGACCAGAGCACUGUAGACAGGCUUGUUGACGAGCGCACCUGGGAAUGGCGCUUCGCCUUGCGCCUUCAGGAUGCGACACCGCCCAUGAACACAACUAAACAAGCCACCGGCGAAAAGCACAAUACUUUCUGGGUCUUGGUGGACAACCAGGACGCCCAGCUUCUCACAGGUCUCGAUGCCUGUGACCUCCAACGCGAACCUGAGGAACUGUCCAGACUACGCGAGAAGAUGUUCAUCCUUUGGGGCGACCUCGAAGAGAAGAAGUCCAAAAAGCUUACAAGCAACAAACGCAAGAAAGACGACAGGCGAAAGGCCCUCAGUGACCGGCCAUCCUUAGACAGCUCAGAUAACGAGGUGGCUGGUAAGUCGGCUGACGAGGAUGUGCGUGAGAUGACGAUUUCGAACCGGCCCUUUACCUGCUGUAUACGCCAGUACGGCGUUCGGGUUAACGAGUCAGAUCCUGAAAGGGCUGAUGCAGGCGAUGGCAAACGGUGGCAGCGAGUCUUUGGGCUUUUCGGAACCAAAAUACGUGGCGCAUAG